AAGACUCUGAAUCAAAUCCAGAGAUUAUUCAUGAUGUCUUGUUCCGUACCGGUGUUACCCAGGAGGGAAUAGAAACAUACACCCCUCGGUUGCUGAUUUACGAUUUGAAAGGGGGGUUAGGAUCAUUGAAUAAGUUCAGAUUAUACGAGGAGGAAAUACCAGAUACACAGUCAUCGAAUCAAUACGGCACAUGGGAUGGAAGGACAGAAACGUAUGCACAAGAACCAUACGAGCAGAAUGAUUACCUGAGAUCACUAGAAGAAGAGGUAGAAACAAGCAGCCGCGCACAAAUGGAUUUGGACAUACAGGAAGAAGAUGUUGAUUAUCACUUGGACGAAAUGGUAACAACCUGGUCUGACUAUAACAAGAUGUAUUAUCACCCAAAGAGCAUCAAUCAGAUAAACCAAUAUCAAUUGGACGAAUUCAUACCAUUCGAUGUAUUCACUUACGGACGAAAUGCAUUUGAUGCACACGAAAAGGAAACAGAAUCAUUUGACCAAAAUUUUAGAUUUUUUGCCGAAGAAUGUGAUGGUAUUCAGGGCUUUCAUGUCAUGACGGAUAUAAUCAAUGGUUUUGGCGGAUUCACAAGCGGUUUUAUUGAAACAUUGCGAGACGAGUAUCCCAAAAAGGCAAUUCUAAUCUACGGAAAUACAAACAGUCUUGAUUUGGCGACUGCUAAUCAAGAAAGGAAAUAUAACAAACAGAUGUUAAACGCUAUUUUCAGUACGGUCUACUUGUCUCAGAUGUCGUCUUUGUAUGUUCCUUUAAGUACACCGCGGCCCUCUACUUCAACAAAUCAGUCUUGGAUGAAAUACUUAAAACCUAAUCUACUGCUUCCGUAUCAUACCAGCGCACUAUUAUCAUCAGCCAUCGAAACUACAUGUCUUCCAUUCCGGACGCGUUCCAACCCUACAACUAUGCUGAAUUUGCUGGAUCAACUGAAUUGGCGUGGAGGUACAAAAAUCGCCUCGCUAGGAGUCGCGUUUCCCCUACCACUGUCCAUAUACGGCGACGUUGACCUGAGCAUACCGGCAAAUAAUGGAAAAGAUAGUUGCAUCAAGUAUUUCAGUGCUAUGGAAGAUAAUAACCACAUGAACUUGGAGCCUAUGUUCUCACAAUCGGUGGUCAUGAGAGGAUUCCCUGAAGCAUUUGUGCCUGUAUCCAAGACAGUAUGUGAGAAACCACGCGACGUCAAGAACAAACUCUUUGACAAAUUCAAUUCAUUGCGCUGUGUGAAUACAACAAACUUUGACGUUAAACCCGCCUCUCCAAUACCACCAUCAUUUCCACAAAUGUUCAAGUCUCUUACUGUUGACGGAUUUACAAACAUAUCGGGGUAUGACAUCAAAUUGCAUUUCGCUCUCUCAUAUCAACCUCGACACCUGUUGAAGCAAUACGUAAAUGUCUUGGAAAGAUUGAAUUUCAGACUAUUUCCCGAAUAUGCGGAAGGCACACAUGGGCUGACAAUGGAAGAUUUUUUAGAAGUUAAAGAAUCGAUAUUGGAGCUACAAGAUGUUUAUACCGAGGACUAA